UUUUCAGUCACAUAUGAAGCUUCAGCUGAACCUCAGGUCAUUAAAAGCCCUUUUAAACCUUGGAAGCUGCUCUGAGUUCUGCUGUGGGUCUCCAGGUCGGUGGAUGUGGACUCUGUGGAGCUGUGAUGCCCCUGGAGGUCAGAUGGCCGUUCCCACAAUGCCCUGCUCUGGCCUGGAGGAUCUCCAGCUCUCUGGUGAUGGGCAUGGUGGGCUCCUACUCCUACUUCUGGACCAAGUACAUGAACAGCCUGACGAUCCACAACCAUGAGGUUCUGUUGGACCUGAUCGACCAGCGUCCGUCUGACACGCCCCUCAUCACGCUGUCCAAUCACCAGUCCUGCAUGGAUGACCCACAUAUCUGGGGCGUCCUGAAGCUCAGGCAGCUGUGGACCUUCAACAAGAUGAGAUGGACACCAGCAGCUUCUGACAUCUGUUUCACCAGAGAGCUUCACUCCAAAUUCUUCAGCCGAGGAAAAUGUGUUCCUGUCUGCAGAGGUGAUGGUGUCUACCAGAAGGGGAUGGACUUUGUUCUGGAGAAGCUGAACAGAGGAGAAUGGGUUCACAUUUUUCCAGAAGGAAAAGUCAACAUGACAGAGGAGUUCAUUCGUCUGAAAUGGGGUGUUGGUCGGUUAAUCGCAGAAUGUUCCCUGAAUCCGAUUAUCCUGCCGCUGUGGCAUGUUGGUUUGAGCGACGUUCUGCCAAACGAGAAGCCCUACAUUCCUCAGACUGGAAAGAGAAUCACAGUCCUGGUGGGGAAACCGUUCAGCGUUAAGGAGCUGGUGGAAUCGCUCCGAGCUGAAAACAAGAGUCAGCUGGAAAUGAGGAAGACGUUGACAGACUUCAUCCAGCAGGAGUUCCGCAGCCUGAAGGUCCAGGCGGAGACCCUCCACGGCCAGAUCCAGACCAGAUCCUGAGUCCUGGAGGUCCUGGAGGUCCUGGAGGUCCUGGAGGUCCUGGAGGUCCUGGAGGUCCUGGAGGUCCUGGAGGUCCUGGAGGUCCUGGAGGUCCUGGAGGUCCUGGUUUCUGCUGCAAGUUAAAUCCUGAAAACCAGAACUUUUGGACUCCACCUUCCUCUUCAGAUUCACAGCGUUCUGGGAAACGUUUUGAAGCAGGUUUUCCUUUCAUUCAGUAAAUUCAGUUACUGGGACGGAAACGGCUGAAAAGACGGAGGAUCAGGUUUCUGGAGCACAAACUUUAGGUUUCUCUGAUGUUUAAAGCUUCAUUAAUCUGAGGAAUCUCAUCAGGUUUGGAUGAUUCACAGCUUCACCAUCUACAUCCAGUUUAUUUUCCACAAUCUUUAAGGUUUUUAUCAGACCAUUCUGCAGCUCACCAUUAAUCUGCUUUAGAGGUUGGAAAACUCACUCCUUUGUUUAUUUACUUAAAACAUAACCAUCUUGGAUGGAUUCAGCCCAGGAAGCAGCAAAGGGGCCCCUCAUAAAAGUACAAGAGGAACUAUUUUGGUUUAAUAUUUACAUAUUUAGACAACCCCCCCCCCCAAAAAAAAAAAAAAAAAUACCGUAAUAAUAAUAAUAAGAUGGUCUUGUUGAACAAUCCAGAUCCUCUGCAGAAUUUGGAAAACAUUUUGAAUUUCUGUCACCUGACUGUUAAUCACAGCUGAGUUGUAAACAGUUUCAUUUUUGCACCAAGAAAUGCAGAAUUCUUUAGUUUAAAUGGUUUAUUUUUGCCAAAUCUGUAAACGAGACAUAAACAGCCCAGUAAUUCAACGACAUGUUUGGAUCUUUGAGCUCAGCUUUGGUUAAUUUUCCAAACAGAACCACACAUUAUGACUUCAAGGACAGUCGGAAAGUUGGAAAUCUGAUGUUUUUUUUAGUUUUCUCACUAAAAAAACUGUGUAUUUUUGUUGAUUCCCUUAUUUUUUCUUUGUUCCUUUAAAACGUGGUGUAAAUGCAGAGGGGAUCAAACUAAACGGCACCCAGAACAGUUAAAUUUCAUGGAAAUCUUAAAGAUUGUAGCUUUAAUUCUGUGUUUCAGUGGAUUAAUUGAACCAAACUUUAACCAUAGUUGGAUUGACACAACAACAAUCUUUUCCUGGUGAGAAUUUAAAACCUGCUGUUGAAUGUAAUCGUGAGUUGUUGUUUUUUUUCAGAAUCGUCCAUUAUUUAAAUGACGUUUGAAGGUCUUUACAUGGAGCUGCUGUUGAUUUCAGGACUAAAUGUGUCUGGUUUAGAUUAUUAAUUCUUAUUCUAAUGCAGUUAAUGAGCGCUGGUUGAUAAAUGGUAGCUGUACCAUUAUUAGCUGGAUUACGUGCACGUGUCCUGCUUGUCCUUUUAAAUCAGAAUCACUUCCUCUAACUGUGGAUCAUUUCUUUUCCAGAUGAUGUACUAAAAUGCAGUUUUUUUCUGUGGAACCUUCACAAAACCUCUAUCACAGAUGUAAAUAACUUAUUUUAUGGCAGUGAUCACAGGUUCACAGAUCUGUGUUUUAUAAAUGUCGCCUUACUGUGAUUGCCGCUCUUUCCUACACCAUGUGAUGCCAAUAAAGUAUUUCUACAUUUUGA